AUGCAGGUUCGAAAACUUCUAUUUCUUGUAGCUUUUAUUGCUAUUAUCGUUCUCCCCUCAUUACAACUUGGUUAUACACAGAAAAUACAAAGUGAUCUUUAUUCCGAUGUAAAUGAAAUGGGGUUUAAACCUGUAAAGACUGAUGUUUCAACUAUUUAUACGGGGAACUCUACAGGAACUAAUGAAAAUUCAACUGAAGGAAAUAAUUUGAAAAGAAAAAUGGAUCCGGAUUCUUCUAAAAAAAAUACUGACGCUGCUACAAAUACCACUUUUCCUGAAGGGUUUCCCUCCUCUACGGAAAUCAACGAUUCGCCACUUUUCAGAUCGCAAUCUCAAAUUAACCCUUUGCCGAUCCCAGCUCUCCAUUCGACAUUGUCAAAAUUAAAGGGAUUCAUUAGGGCUCUUGAAAUCGGCAGCGGAAAAUCCACAUCAGAAGUUGACGCUCUUAUCGCGGAAUUUGAAAAUAAAGAAGGCCCCAUUUUGCAAGCCCUUCUUGAAGCUCGGGCAGGUGAAAAGAAAACUUCUUUUGGAUGGUUUUAUGAGUGGUGGAAUGAUUAUGCCUAUCUUAGAGAUCGAUCUCCAUUGGCCUUUUAUGUUAGCUAUUUUUACGCCUUUAAGGACCAAAUCUUUUCUCCCUUUUUAUCUGGCACAAACACUGACGUUGAAAGGCAAUGUCGCAUUGCCGCUCUUCUUGCCUCUGCAGCUAUUAAAAUGAAGGAAAAGAUAAUGUGUGGAUCUUUGGAACCGGAUCGACUUGGUUCUGCACAGCUUUGCUCYCACAUGUACAAAUAUGUGUUCAACGCUUGCAGGAUCCCGAGGAAACCCUAUGAUACCACACUGGUAUUCGAUUUGAAGAAAAACAGCCAUCUAGUUGUCCUUUAUAAAAAUGCCUACUAUAAAAUCGAGGGAUAUAAUCGAUCUGGUACUUUGAUGCGCUCCCUGGCUGAAAUUGAAGGGUACAUUCUAUUUUUGAUCCCUAGCGAUUUAUUUGCAAUUGUUUCCAACCACAAAGACAACGCUGGAGAUAUUCCAAACAUCGGAAUUUUCACUGCUGUCGAACGGGAUUCAGCAACUGAGCCUAGAUUUCCCUCUUUCCCUUUGGCUAGACGUUCCACAGAGACUUUUAAGAAAGAGCCCCACGGGCCUUUCACCUGGGACAUCAAUGAAUCUAUCACCCAGCUUCUCAAUAAAGCCAAAUUCUCUUUUGAGGAGCAUCGGAAAGUUCAUCUUUUUUCAUGCCUAUUGUUCGAGCAUUUUGGCAAAUCAGAUAUCAAAAAAUGGAAUCUAUCUCCAGAUAGCUUCAUGCAGAUGGCCUUUCAGCUGGCCUAUUAUAGAUUUUCUGGAAAAUUAGCUGCAUCAUACGAAGCUGCUCAAACCCGAGCCUUCGCUUUUGGAAGAACAGAUGUGGUUCGAUCUCCCUCUCUAGAGACGGCGGAAUGGAUCCUUGCCAUGGAUAACCCAUCGGUAGAAUCAACACAUAAGUUUUCCCUGCUAGAAAAUGCAAUCAAAUUGCAUUUUAAAUUUGCUCGUGAAGUCGGGACCGGGAAUGGGAUCGACCGACACCUUCUUGGAUUAUCCUUGAUUGCCGAGAAUAAUAAGCACCUGAGACCAAAGCUGUUUCAAAACGAGUUAUUCAUGAAUUCGCAAAAAUGGGUUUUGUCCACUUCCCAAAUCACAGCUGAUCACAAUGAUGCCUGGGGCUAUGGUGAGGUUGUCGAUGACGGCUUUGGGUUGCCCUAUUCUAUAUAUGACGGCCAUAUUUACGUUGGAGUUUCUUCUCGCUCCUCGCUCAAUGCCGAUACAGAGAAAUUUAAAGAAAUCCUUUCCAAAACUUUGCUUUCAAUGUCUGAAUUGAUCAAGAAGAUCCGCGGCGAUGACUUUGCUAGCAUGCCCUCAUCCUGA